AUGGAGGACAAGCUGAAGUCGCUCGUCUUCAACUAUUAUGUGCCGAAAGACGAUAAUUUGAAGCGUUUAGUGCGCAGCAAUUUGGAAGACUACCGCAAGAUAGAGGAGGAAAUCGACGCUGCCAUUGACAAGACCAUCGAGGAAUACACAAGCAAGGACGUGCUGUCGCUCGUACUCCCUAGCAAACAAAACUGGGAUCUCAAGCGCAAUUUACAGGAAUCACAGCAGUUACUAGCGAUGAGGACUGACAUGACAAUCAUGAAAUUGCUUCAAGCUGGCAGUACCAAGGAGGAAAUAAACCCCGCCAUGAUGGUCCAGUUCAAUCAGAACGGCAUGGGAAGAGAUCUAGAGCAGGAAGACUUCUAA